AUGGCAGUUCCUCAGGAUGAGAUCAGAGCUAAGUUCGCUUCAGCCCUUUCUGAAAUGUACCAACGUGAAGUACCGCAAUACGGAACCCUUCUGGAGCUUGUCGCGGAAAUCAACCAACGCCACAAUGGAGAUUAUCUCAACGGCAGCAUCCCGCCACGAAUUGAAGUUGAACGUCACGGUGCAAUUCGACUUGGGAAGCCCGAAGAGCUAGCGACUAUUCGGCGACUAUUCCAAAUUCUAGGAAUGUAUCCUGUUGGAUAUUACGAUCUCUCUGUGGCUGGGCUCCCAGUACACGCGACAUGUUUCCGGCCCUUGACAAAGGAAAGCCUAUCCAAGAACCCGUUUCGCGUGUUUACGUCCUUGCUGCGCCCUGAAAUGAUCGAGGAUAAAAAGCUAAGAGCUCAAGCCGAAGGGAUUCUAAAGAAGAGACAAAUAUUCUCUCUGCGAUGUAUCCAGCUGAUUGCAGAAUGGGAGCAAUGUUCAUCUUUCUCGCAACCUCAGGUCGAUGAGUUCAUCAAGGAAUCCUUGGAGACGUUCCGCUGGCACAGAACAACAACAGUGAGCAAGGAGACAUAUCAGGCUUUGCAGAAUGCACAUCCUUUAAUAGCAGAUGUGGUAUGCUUCCGCGGACCACAUAUCAACCAUCUUACACCGCGUGUGGUUGAUAUUGAGGUGGCACAAAUUGAGAUGUUGAAGCGAGGUCUUCAUGCAAAAGAGAGCAUUGAAGGUCCUCUUUUUAUGAAAUGUCCAAUUCUCCUGCGACAGACCAGCUUUUUAGCUUUAGAAGAGAAAGUCGCCUUCUCUGAUGGUGCUGAGGCAGAUGGGAAACACAAAGCACGCUUUGGAGAAAUCGAACAGCGAGGGAUGGCUUUAACGCCAAAGGGCAGACUGCUAUACGACAAAACUAUUCAAUCUAAGGCCUCUCCUGAUCCGGCAGGAUCCGCAAACUUCCCCGAUGAUUAUGAAACCAUUCGCAAAGAAAAAUUGGGAUACUUCACUUACUUUGUCAUCAAGGCCCCAUCGGGUCCGCUUCCAAGACGUGAUAUCGAUUCUCUUGUUGAGGAUGGUAUUGUUUCGUGUGAGCCUAUCACGUACGAAGAUUUUUUACCUGUCAGUGCCGCUGGUAUCUUCCAGUCUAACCUCGGCACGGGGAGUAUUAAUAGCGUGAAGGCUCACUCAGAUGAAGCUCUCUUUGAGGAUGCCCUCGGUGCCCCUAUCCUGGAUGGAUUUGAGCUAUACCGAAAUAUGGAGGAAUCGUCUCUCAUUCAGGUGUACGAUACGCUCGGUCUAUCCCAGCUCGUUGGAAAAGAUCCCAUUGCAUCCAAUAUAUGA